AUAUGUGUCAGUGGGAUUUUUCGAAGUAGUAGUAGGCAUUAACGCAUCAUCCUCUGCAACUCCUACAUAAAAUUACUUUAACACAGACUCUAAGUUAAUCAUCUUACGGACAACAGGAUGCGGCGUGUUCCUGUAGAAAAACGACCCAAUGCCCAACGGCUUGUACAGAGUCAAGGGAUUGUGUACUGCAAGGACCCCAAACCCGGGGACCCGGCAACUGAACUCUUCUGGCCGGAUGAUCGAUACUAUUCCUUCACCAACGCGGAGAUUAAGUUGAUGGAAGAAGCUGGCAAAGAUGUCUUCGCCAUGUGCUGUGAGGCGGCCGAAUAUCUUGUUAAUCACCUAGAAGUAAUCACAAGCAAGAUGGCGAUCCCCGCAUUUGCGCUUAAGCAGAUCAAGGAAACGUGGGAACGCGAGCCUGUAUGGGGGAGUAUCUAUGGACGAUUUGACAUCUGCUUCGGAGGCCUUGAUCACCCGGAUCCAAGACUGCGGAUCCCUAAGUUCUAUGAGUUCAACGCGGAUACACCCACAACAAUCAUCGAAGCAGGAUCCAUUCAAUGGUUCUGGCUUGAACAAACCGGCCAUGGAACCGACCAGUUCAAUUCUAUCGUCGAAGAUCUCAUUGAGGCAUGGAAGAGGAACCUAAUUCAGGUUGAAAAGAAACUAGGUCAUCGAGUCACCGUGCACUUCGCGGUAGGACAGGAGCCCACCGGCGAAGACGCAAUGGCUACCACUUUCUUGAUGGACACAUGCCAGCAAGCAGGAUGGCCCACUAAGACCAUGUUCAUGGACCAGAUUGCCUUAGGUCCGGAUGGUCGCUUCUAUGACCAGUACAACGAGCACAUUGACGUUAUCUUCAAGCUUUAUCCAUGGGAAUGGAUGAUAGAGCAAGACUUCGCAGAAGUAUGCUUCAAGGAUAUGGAUAACAUCGGGCUGCGCAAUGAUGCGGGGGACUACAUCGGGGGUACCGUCUGGAUUGAACCGCCAUACAAGAUGCUGUGGAGCAAUAAAGCCCUGUUCGCGAUCCUUUGGGACCUUUUCAAGGAUGACCCACGCUCUAAGUGGCUUCUCCCGACGUACCUUGAGAGCGAAGCGCCUGCUUCCCUUACUCAUUUCGCUCGGAAGCCGAUUUACGCGCGCGAGGGUGCGGACGUCGUUUUAAAGGCGGAUGGCCAAGUGAUACAGGAUGCGACUAUGGGGUGGUACGGCAAGGAAGGGUAUAUUGUACAAGAACUUGCACUACUCCCGGAGUUUCUGAACGAGGAAGGCGUUUCGUACUACCCCGUUCUGGGUCUCUGGUUUAUUGAUGGCGAACCUGCGGGCUUGGGUAUCCGCGAGGAUAAAAUUCCGGUCACUGUGCAGACCUCCACGUUUAUCCCGCAUUCUAUCUCCGAUGCGCCUUUGAACUACGAGAGGAAACCGGUACCCGAUAUUCAUGAGAUUGAAGCGUCGCUUCAGUAUACGGGUGAUGAGAAUGAGUCUAAUAGUGUUCUGAAUUACAUCGAUAGUGUUGUCAACUAAACUAUUGGUGAAAGACGCAUGGUUCAUACAUGAAGGGGUAAAGGGGUGAUGGUGUCGUUUCU